AUGGGAAAAAUUGAACUAGUUGAAAAACUAGUGAUAGCUCCUGAUCAACCAACACCCUCUAAGAGAAUGUUCUUGUCAAAUAUUGAUUUGUCCCUUGUUGUAUACCAAGAUUCUGCCUCUUUCUUUGAUCCUCCAACCAACCAAAUGUGCUUUUCUGAGAUUUGUAGCAAAUUAUAUAAUUCACUUGGUAAAAUGCUUGUGCAUUAUGGUUUUAUGGCCGGCCGGCUUGUACCGAGUUUGGAAGAGAAAAAUCGAUUUGAAAUUGAUUGUAAUGAUGCCGGUAUUGUUGUUGCUGCUGCAAAAACGGAUAGAAAGUUAAGUGAAUUUGGUAUUAUUUCAGCACCUAAUCCUGAGUUAAAGGAAUUGGUUGUUUUCUUGCUUGAAGAGGGUGAUGAAGAAACUGACCUUAAAGAAUUUCCACUUGCUUCCUUACAGCUUACACAAUUUGGAUGUGGAAGUUUAGCACUAGCUUCUCAUUACAAUCAUUGCAUACUCGACGGUAUAGCAGUAAGAGAAUUCGAGGCAAAUUUGGCAUCUCUAACACGCGGAGACGAUUUCAUCAUAGUACCUAAUGCAGACAGAACACUACUGAGAGCUCGAAAUCCACCAAAAAUAAGUCAUCCACAUUUUGAAUACUCAAAAUCUACAAACACAGAAAAUUUGUUCACAAUACGUGGAACAACUAGCACCAAUGUUAAAAAAACCUUUGUAGAGAAUCAAAUUCAUGUACUUCAUUUAUCACCACAAAAAAUUGCAAGCUUAAAAAAGAAAGCUUUAGAGAACAUAACAUUAAAAAACAUCACAACAUUUCAAGUUGUCGCUGCAAAAAUAUGGAAAGCGAGAAGCAUAGCGACAAAGAUGUCAGAGGAGAAAGUGUCAACAAUAUUGUUUCCAGUUGAUGUUAGAAAAAAGGUUGUUCCCGAACUUCCAAACGGGUUUGCAGGAAAUGCAUUAGUUCCUGGCUUUGCGAGAGCAACUGUUAAGGAACUUAUGGAACUAGAAGAUGAUUUUGUUAUACGGAAAGUGCAAGAAGGGAUUGAAAGAUUGAAUGACGAGUAUAUUAAAUCGGGAAUAGAUUGGUUAGAAUUGAAUAGAGGCGUGCCUUGUAAGGAAGAUAGUUUCUCUUUGGUGGCAUGGUGGAGAUUGGGAUUAGAGAGUGAGAUAUUUGCUUGGGGUAGAUUGAAAUGUGCUACUCCACUUAUAGUUAAGCCUGGUUUGGUUAUGUUGUUGCCAGGAACAAAAGAUGAAGGGGGGAUUAAUAUAUGUUUGAGUUUACCUCAAGAUCAAUUGCAAGAGUUUUGUAGGAUAAUGUUAGAAACUUAG